AUGACCCCAGCAAAAGCACCCAAUGGCUCUGAGGUUCAGGAGGAUCUUCAACAAAAGUAUCCCACACUAGUGGGAAAACUCCUUUGGGUAUCCAACACUGUUUGGCCUGAUAUCUGCUAUGCAGUCAAUACCCUUGCACAACACAUGUCCACACCAACUAAGGAAGCCAUGCAGAUGGCACUAUGUGUUGUCAAGUACUUAAACCAGAUGCAGAAUGAAGUCCUUUGGAUUGGCAGCCAACAUUUGACCAAGAGCCCAAUCAAAACCUAUACUGAUGCCAACUGGGCAUCAGAUCCCAACACAGAUCACAAAAGUACAUCAGGGUUAGUCAUCAAGGUAUAUGGUAGCAUAGUAAUGUGGAACUCACAUGUCCAAAAAUGCACCACCAGCUCCACAAUAGAGGCGGAAUACAUUGCUGGGUCAACAGCCACAAGGGAAGUGCUUUUUCAUGGAUAUCUCCUCUGCAGCCUUGGUUUCAGUGAUCAAACUCCCAUGAUACUCACUGAUAACACAGGUUGCAUCCAGGUAGUCAAGGAUCAAGCCAUGCACACAAAACUCAAGCACAUCAACACCAGAUACCAUCUUAUUUGUGAUCACAUACAAGAAGGUGAUAUUCUAAUGAAGUAUGUAAAGACCAACAACAAUCUUGCUGAUUUUCUCACCAAACCAGUUUCACAACACCUCUUGACCCAAACACACCGACAUCUAGGAAUGACCACUAUUGAACCAGCCAUUUGCUCAGCUGACAAGAGGGACAGUUGA